AUGGAAGAACACGGGGUGACCCAAACAGAGCACAUGGCCACCAUCGAGGCCCACGCAGUGGCCCAGCAGGUGCAGCAGGUCCAUGUGGCCACCUACACAGAGCACAGUAUGCUAAGCGCGGACGAAGACUCGCCGUCUUCGCCGGAGGACACCUCCUACGAUGACUCUGACAUCCUCAACUCCACGGCUGCCGACGAGGUCACUGCCCACCUGGCCGCGGCAGGCCCUGUGGGGAUGGCAGCAGCUGCUGCCGUGGCAACGGGUAAAAAACGAAAGCGACCACACGUUUUUGAAUCCAACCCGUCAAUCCGCAAGAGGCAGCAGACGCGUUUGCUACGGAAGCUCCGAGCCACGCUGGAUGAGUACACCACCAGAGUAGGGCAGCAGGCCAUCGUUCUGUGCAUCUCACCCUCCAAACCCAAUCCCGUCUUUAAAGUAUUUGGUGCUGCACCCUUGGAGAAUGUGGUACGCAAGUACAAGAGCAUGAUUCUGGAAGACCUGGAGUCCGCACUAGCGGAGCAUGCUCCUGCGCCUCAGGAGGUUAACUCAGAGUUGCCGCCCCUCACCAUCGAUGGCAUUCCCGUCUCGGUGGACAAGAUGACCCAGGCACAGCUGCGAGCUUUCAUCCCUGAGAUGCUGAAGUAUUCCACGGGUCGUGGGAAACCAGGCUGGGGCAAGGAAAGCUGCAAGCCCAUCUGGUGGCCUGAGGACAUUCCAUGGGCCAACGUUCGCAGCGAUGUCCGCACGGAGGAACAGAAGCAGCGGGUGUCAUGGACCCAAGCGUUGCGGACUAUCGUGAAGAACUGCUACAAGCAGCAUGGGCGCGAAGACCUGCUCUACGCCUUUGAGGAUCAGCAGACACAGCAGCAGACUACGACCACACAUAGUAUAGCGCACCUGGUGCCAUCACAGACAGUGGUACAAACCUUCAGUAACCCUGAUGGCACCGUGUCCCUCAUCCAGGUUGGCACCGGUGCUACAGUUGCCACGCUGGCCGAUGCCUCCGAGUUGCCUACCACAGUUACCGUCGCACAAGUCAAUUAUUCUGCAGUGACUGAUGGAGAGGUGGAGCAGAACUGGGCAACGCUACAGGGGGGUGAGAUGACUAUCCAGACGACGCAGGCAUCAGAGGCCACGCAGGCGGUGGCAUCAUUAGCAGAAGCAGCAGUGGCAGCAUCUCAGGAGAUGCAACAAGGAGCAACUGUUACCAUGGCACUCAACAGUGAAGCAGCUGCCCAUGCAGUAGCCACGCUUGCUGAAGCCACUCUUCAAGGUGGAGGACAAAUUGUUCUAUCUGGUGAAACUGCAGCAGCAGUAGGAGCGCUUACCGGAGUCCAAGAUGCCAAUGGCUUCCUAGCAGCAGACUAUUCAGGUUGCAAGUGGAGCCUAGCAGAGAGUUCAUCAGGUCUCGUCCAGAUCCCCGUCAGCAUGUACCAGACCGUGGUGACCAGCCUGGCCCAAGGCAACGGCCCCGUUCAGGUGGCGAUGGCACCCGUUACCACGAGGAUAGCGGACAGUGCCGUCACCAUGGACGGGCAGGCAGUGGAAGUGGUGACCUUGGAACAGUGACGAUGCCCAGAGCAGGAUCAUGGUGAUUUUUCUCGUCUCUUAUGCGAAUAAUUUUUUUACGCCUCUCCAGAGAUGCA